AUGUCGUGCGAUACGCUCACGUGGUUGCUGACCAAGAACACGUCGUCGUUCCUCUUGAAACGUCAUGGCUCGGAAUUCGCGCGGGAGAAGUUCAACCUGCUGAACCGCAAUUGCCGCAAGUACUCGGGCUUGGCCGCCACGAAGGCCGUGGACCUCUCGCUUGCCGACAAGAAAGUGUCGCUGACGACCAAGAUUGCCAAGGCGCACAAGAAGCCGGUGAAGGCCGAGAACGUUGUGCCGCUUCGCAAAGGUGCCCGUGGGGGCGCGAACACGAUCCGCGCCACCAUCUCGCGCAACUUUUACCGUCGCGAUCUCAAAAAAGCAGCGCUGGCCAAAUGGUCGCGUCUGUCGACGGUCGCCAAGGUGGAGAAGGGUGUGCUUCAGAAGAAGGCCAUCCGCAGCCGUCGCCUUAAGGCGUAA